AUGGCUCAGAUAUAUAACUACCAGGAGAGUUUUUGGGACGAAGCAGAUCAAGGUGCUGGAGUUCUUCUACAGCAUGUCGGGAGAGGGAUAUGUACGUGCGAGUUGCUGCUUGACUGUUUUACCAAGAGAGGAGAGUUGGAGAUGGACUAUGCGAGAAGGUUGGGGGCCCUGAGUUCACGGCUGAUGAGCAAUUUAGAUCGGUAUGCAGACUACAACAAUAUGGCAGAAUCGUUAAAGUAUUUCCAUGAGUCGCAGCAAAGUGUGGCCAAGAGCCAUUCGAAAGCUUGCGAACGCUUGAGCAGAGAGAAUAUAAACACCAUGAGUGAUUUCUUAAGGCAGUUCAAAGCUAGGUGGACUACGAUCAAAGGUAACGUAGAGAACUUAAAGAAGCUCAAAGAUGAAAAGAAGAAGGCCCUCAAGGCUCUUGAUCAGGAACUGCAAAGUGCUGAGGAUAAGCUUCGAGAAUGUAAGAUCAACAGGGACACGGCUUUGGGCCAGUACCAAAAAGGUGAGUACUCCAGAGAAGUUGAUAAGUGGUCUUCCAUAGUGGACGAGUCUCACCGUAGGAAAACGGUCCUACACCAUGAAUACAAAUCUGCUAGAAACCACUGGUUCGAAGAAUGGAGACGUAUAAGCGGCGAACUGCAGGAGCUCGAAACUCAAAGAAUUCAAGUAUCUAGAGAAUUGUUGCAACAAUAUGCAGAGUUUACUUCUCAGCCAUCGGAAAUAGAGCUGUCCUUAAUGGAGCAAUUGAAGCAGAAACUCUCUAGCUUUACCCCAGAAUUGGAAAUAUCGCACUUCUCGUACCACCAUGGAACCGGCAGAAUAAAAAUAAAGGGAUCCUCUAAUUCUCUAGGUGGUCAUAAAGGAAGCAUUAACUCAUAUGCUUCAAAAGACGAUCGUUCGAUUAGCUCUCGUAGAGUGAUUGACCUAACAAAGAAUGAUCGCUAUGUUCAAAACGUUAAGAGACUCUCGACCCAGUUAAAAAAUACAAGACUAUCCUCUAUUAAUGGUGUGAGUGCGGAUGAUAAAGAACAAACCCAAGGAAGAGUUAGACCACAAAUAAUUACAUCAACAGCUACCGCUUCAACCUCCGCUUCAACCCCUAUUGUUGAUCUAGAACCCGUAGAAUUAAGAGCUUUUAAUAACUCCUCUACUGACUCACCAGAAUCACCUGGCCGUUACUCAGAUCCUGACAUGGCCGCAGACCAUAAGCCUACCCAAUAUUCGGACUCGUCAGAAGAAACCUGUUCGAAUCCAACAGACUUCACACAUAAAAAGAAUAAGCCAAGUUAUGAUUCGAUGACUACAUCGCUUUCGUCCAUGGCUUCUAGUGUUGAUGAUUCUCAAAGGUUUGCCAAAUCUUGGAACUCACAAAACAGAAGAAAAUCCAGGCCUUCAUCUGUAUAUUCGCCUAAAAUGGACAUGGAUGCUAGAUUCAAUGAAAAGAAUAACACUAGUAAUACUGACGGAAAGUUACAAGUUCCUUACGGAAGACGUAGGAAAUCGCUGGCAUCUGAUGUUGAAAGUGCAUUAGAAAUCCUUGAAAAGGAAGAACCACGCCCAGCCACAUCUAGAACUAGCUCUGGAGCCUCGAGUAGUUUAACUGUUAGCAGAACAGUUAUUCCUCUCAAUAAAUCUCUCAACAUAAUGCGUUGUAAGAGACUUAAUGUGGAUGGUGAACAGCUAACUCUUCCUAUCGUUGACUCGAACAGAGCGACUGUCAUCAAAUAUGCGAAGGCUAUUUACUCUUACAAAGAACCUAACGAAAACAAUAUCCUUAACUUCAACGUCGGAGACAUUCUCCUCUUGGUUGAGUGCAUCAAUGAUGAUUGGUACGUAGGAGAAGUUUACCAAGGAAACAAACAGCAUGGGCUUGUUCCAAUGAAUUAUGUGAAGACUAUAGGCUAG